GUCGUGAUGGCUGCCCCAGUAAAGAAACGUGAUAUUCAGCAAAAAUUGCACGACAGUGACGAGAAUCACGUCUCGUCCAGCAGUGAGGACGAGGAAUAUGAGAUCGCGAAUAACCCGGGAAUAGAGUUUCAAGUGGAUUUUGAAGGUCGCAAUCCACAAGAUCCAGACUACCAUGGAAUUAAAACAUUACUGCAACAACUUUUCCUCAAAGCGCACAUUGACUUGGGUGGAUUGACAGAUUUAAUAAUUUCUCAAAAUUAUGUAGGAUCAGUUGUUAAACAAUCUGAAGAAAUAGAUGAAUCUGAUGAUGAAGAUGAUAAUGACAUCAAUGAUGUAUUUGGUAUUACAACUGUCAUUAAUGUUUCUGAUAAACAGAACAUUUUGUGUGUACAACAGUUAAGACAUCUACUGAAACAGUUAGCAGAUGAACAUGCAACUGAUGCAGUUAAUACUAUGAUAAAAAAUGUAUUGGAGAACGAUGCAGCGCAAUUGGGUUUGCUGAUUAAUGAGAGAUUCGUUAACAUUCCCGCUAAGAUUUCAGUACCACUUUUCGAAAACCUAAUUUCUGAACUGAAACGUGCCAAUAAUAGAAAUAUGCCAUUCAAUUUUUCCUAUUACAUACUCAUAUGUAAAUUGUACAAAUCAGAAGAUAAAAAAGCAAAAAGUAAGAAUAAAAACGGUACUGAACCAUCAGUAUUAUGGAGUAAUCCAGAAGAGGAGAUCUUUGCGGAAGAAGCAAUUGUUAGUUUCGAGUUUUCUGUCGAAGAAGAAGCAGACAGUGGUUUAUCCGGAACGUGGACUGAAACGGACGACGAGAUGAUACCUUAUAGACGAGUAUUACUUUUUGAAGCUUCAAAGUUGCAAUCAAUAUUUGGUAAAAUACAGAAUCAGUUUUCUUAAUUAAUUUCAAAACGCAUUUUCUUGAACGAUAUGGCUGAUAAGAGAGGUUUGUAAGUGUAAAAUAAAAAACAAUCUCAAACUUUACACAUAAGUUUAGAAUAGAUAGAUCUAGUAACGAUCUAGUACAUUUUUUCGUACUUAGGUUUAUAUAUUCGAAAGGUGCCAUGUUAUGUGUGAGAGCGACGGAUUCAUGUCACAGAUCACAAGUUCAAACCUCGCAUUCUGUUUAUACGGAAAAAUUUCAUAGAGUCGUAAGGAACUCUUUGGAUUUAGAUAACUCUUUGACUAGACAUAUAAGGACUGAUAUGAUUCUAUCCAUGCCCUCGCUAAUUUCAUCUUUUUUUUUUGUUCUCGAAGGGGAAAUUUUCCAAGACCCCCGGGGGAACCUUCCCCGGGGAGUGUCGGAUUUACCGCCCGGCAAGUACCGACGGCCAAAGCCGCGGUCGACCUAACCGGACGGCGCCUAUAUACCGACUAAAACCCCUCCGCAAUAUUAUUCAUUUACUCUAAACUUAUGUAAUGUUUUUUUUUUAUUUUACACUUA